AUGUCGUGCGCAACGGAAAGCGAUGACGCGAGUUUUUCUGGAAUUAUGCUGGCUUCUCUCUCUGGGGGAUACAGAGUAGAUUACAAGGCUCAGCGCAGUAAAGCGGCCACUGAACACCAUUAUGAAAAGCGCAGAGACGUUGCCAUAUUAGAAUCAAAGCUUUUGAAGAGCCUAAAAUGGGGUAUACUUUCUGAUGUGUGUGGCCGGGGGCGACCACUGUCGAGUCUCAACUAUCUUUGGGUCACGGUAGGGAUCACGAUGCUUUUCGACAAGGUCGAGGAUAAACCGCGUAAAGCGAAUCAUCCUUAUUAUACUCAAGUGCACCUGACGGGCGAAAUACCGUACACCGAGAGACUAGCUUUGACAACGUUAGUCUUAAAUGAGGAGGACGAGGAUGUUUCACAAAUCAUACUUACUGGGAUGAUCUGGAAAUACCGGACGAGAGGUUCAAGGUUCGUCAAGGAGAAGACGCGGAUGAGUUGGACCUAUGAAGGGAGGCUUUCUCUUGCUAUUGAUGCGCUAAAUAACGAAAAAAUCACGAAAUUACGCGACGCCGCACGCACUUUUGACGUAUCUUUAACAACACUGCGAAGGCGCCUGAAGGGCUCAGUUCCAGCGCAUAAUGCCAGUAUAACACGCAGAAAGAUGACCCCUACAGAAGAAGCUGUACUCCGGGGUUGGGUCUUCUCACUAGAGCGCCGUGGCGUUCCGCCUAGGCAGCAUAUGCUCCAUGAAAUGGCAAAUAUUUUGCUAGCUCAAAGAGAUCCUACCAAAAUACCUGAGAAGGUUGGUAAGAAUUGGGUAACAACCUUUCUUAAGCGACAACCGGAUCUCAAGGCUAAAUUCGCACGCCGAUUAUCCUAUUCUAGAGCUCUUUGUGAAGAUCCAGUCGUUAUUGGUGGCUUUUUUGAGGAGAUUAAGCAGCUCAAAGAGGAAUAUGGGAUUGCCGAUGAAGAUAUAUACAACUUUGACGAGACAGGGUUCGCCAUGGGGAUCUCUUCUACAGCAAAAGUUAUAUGUAGCUCAGAUUGUUCAGGAAAAUCUAGCCUCAUUCAGCCAGGAAAUCGUGAAUGGGUUACUGUUGUUGAGUGCGUUGGAAGCACCGGCACUGUGGUGCCUCCCCUGAUUAUAUUCAAAUCCGGCACCAACAGAGCUGAGUGGUAUACAAGCCCAAAGCUUCCCCCUGAUUGGUUAAUUACGCACUCUCCAAAUGGCUGGACAUCUGAUGAAAUCGGCUUACAGUGGCUAGAAAGGAUAUUUGAGCCAAAAACGAGGCCUCUCACAGUUGGUACCUAUCGGCUUUUGAUACUUGAUGGCCAUAGCAGCCAUUUAACACCGGGAUUUGAUCAGGCAUGUAAAAAUAAUAAUAUUAUUGCAUGUUGCAUGCCUCCUCAUUCAUCUCAUCUUCUUCAGCCUCUAGAUGUAGGGGUGUUUUCAGUGUUGAAGCGCUUAUACGGGGCCGCCGUUGAGAGCCGGAUUCGGAUUGGGAUUUACCAUGUUGAUAAGCUGGAUUUCUUAGAUAUGCUUUACAGCGUACGGAUCCAAACUUAUACCACACAAAAUAUUAAGAGCGGCUUUUCACACACUGGGAUUGUGCCAUAUAAUCCACAAAAAGUCCUAUCUCAGUUGCAAAUUGCUGUCCGGGAGGCUACUCCAGCCUCAAUUCGCCCUAGCACGUCAAGCAGCAGCACCUGGAGCCCAAAAACGCCUUACAAUGCCCGUACGCUAGAAAAACAGGCCAAAUCUGUCAAGAGAUCUCUCAAUAUGGGAGAUUUAGACAGCAAUUCGCCAUCGUGUCCGGCUUUUAACCAGUUGAUCAAGGGAUCCCUUGUAGUGAUGCACCAAGCUGCCAUUUUAGCUAGGGAGAACCAUAACCUACGCGAAGCAAAUGAUAUUUUACAGAAGCGCCGCACUCGCCGUACAAAAGCCCUACAAGCCGAUGGUAUUUUGACAGUCGCUGAAGGCCGAGAGCUUGCUCAGGAGCUUCCUGAAGAGGCUCAACCCCCUCCUCCACCCAACGGGAGCGCGCCUUUGCAGCCAGCUCAACGGGCCCUACCAAGGUGUAGUAAUUGCUGGGAAAUAGGGCAUAAGCGCAAUCGCUGUCCAAAUAUAUCUACAUAG